UGAUUCCACACAGUCAACAUCUCUCGAACAAACCGAAGAAAAACCUCGCAAGGAUUACCAUGACGAGCAUCUGCAGCAGCAACUUCCAGCAGCAGCACUAUCAGCUGACCAACGGCAACAUCAUGUUGCUGCAACACCACAAUCAUCACAAUCCCAGCCAGCAGCAACACCAGCAGCUGAUUGCCCCCAAGAUGCCACUGGGCACCAGCCAACUGCAGAACAUGCAGCAGCAGGGUCAGCAGCAAUCGAAUGUGGGACCCAUGCACAAAAAGAAAUUGAACUACAACACAAUGCCGUAUGGCGAACAAAUGCCUUCGGUGGCGAGGCGCAAUGCCCGUGAGCGCAAUCGCGUGAAGCAGGUGAACAAUGGAUUCGUGAAUCUGCGCCAGCAUUUGCCGCAGACCGUCAUCAAUACGCUGUCGAACGGAGGACGUGGUGCCAGCAAAAAGCUGUCCAAGGUGGACACUCUGCGCAUUGCCGUGGAGUACAUUCGCGGACUGCAGGACAUGCUGGACGAUGGCACCGGUUCGUCUCGUCCCAUUUACAAUUCGGCGGAUGAGAGCAGCAACGAUGGCAGCAGCUACAACGACUACAACGAUAGUUUGGACAGUCCGCAGCAGUUCCUACUCAAUGCCACCCAGUUGAACUCCGUUCAGGCCCACUCCUAUCACUCCGCCUCGCCCACGCCCUCGUAUUCCGGUUCCGAGAUCUCCGGGGGAUAUGUGAAGCAGGAGCUGCCCGAGCAGGAACUCAAGUUCGAGUCCUUCGACAGCUACAGCGAUGAACAGCCCGACGACGAGGAGUUGCUCGACUACAUUUCGUCCUGGCAGGAGCAAUAAUGAGUGGAUCUCACCAAAGCCUGAAACCCAAGAAAAAACACAAACACAACAUGUACAAAUUGUAAAUAACUCAAAUUGUUGCCUUAGUGAGUGGAAAGACCAACAGAAACCAAGUCCCAGAUUCUACAACCCUUUUUUUUGACACUAGUUUAAGACAAUGGAAGACAAUGAUAUAAAACAUAUAUUUUUUUCAUAGUUCUAAGUUUUGUUAUAAGCAUGGAAGACACUAAACUAUCUAGUUCUAAGACAAAAAUAAAAACAAACAA